AUGGGUCGUGUCCGAACCAAGACGGUGAAGAAGGCUGCCCGCGUGAUCGUGGAGAAGUACUACGGCAAACUGACCCUGGACUUCCAGGUCAACAAGAAGAUCACGGAGGAGGUGGCCACCAUCCCCUCCAAGCGCCUGCGCAACAAGAUCGCAGGCUUCACCACGCACUUGAUGAAGCGCAUUGGCAAGGGACCUGUGCGUGGCAUCAGCUUGAAGUUGCAGGAGGAGGAGCGAGAGCGACGCAUGGAGUUCGUGCCGGAUCGUUCCGAGGCGGACACGGGACCCCCAAAAGCCCGGGUGAACACGGAUUUCAUCCAGGUGGAUUCGGAUACCCGCGACAUGUUGAAGGAGUUGGACAUGGAUCGUUUGCAGAACAUCAGCGUCUCCAACACCACGCUGUCAGCGCACCCGUCGCACCUGGCGCACCUGGCACACCCAGCGCACCCACAGCGCACCCAGCGCACCCGGCGCACCCAGCGCAGUCAGCAAUCUGAUGUCACGGAUUACCGUUGCGCUGCAUAUUUACAAAGGCAUGCAGAUGCGCCGUUAAGAGGUUCCGAGAGAAUAAGCCGCCGUGCAGAUGUGAAAAAAACGACUGAGAACUUGCUGUCUUCGCGCUUGUAUCGUUGGAAACUUUCCUCCAAACGUCGAGAUUCCCGGGACUCCCUUGAGGUCUUGCGUCGAAGUGCUGGCAAGGGGUGUUGUUGCCCCAACUGCCGGCUGGAGAACGAAUUUGCCAGGCGCAGAUCGGACGCCCCAAGUCUGGCUGUGAAGGAGUUCGCUCCCCAGCUCCGCGUGCCCGAUCUGGCCGGCCGUGAGGCAUCAUCCCGGCAGGCGGUGCCAGUGGAUAGGGAGCCGACCUGCUUCCCCUCAGGUGUUCACUUGCCGCCUGCGCCGGCCCCAUCUGAGGAGGCUGUACCAUUUUGCACCCGGUUGACGACCCCUCGGGGCGGAGGCGACAUAGUGAGCUCAGGCCGCUCCUUGCCCCCGCCUCCAUUGCUACUGCUUCUACUGGAGAAGGAGGCGGCGAAGGAAAUGGAGGCCAUGGCGCUGCCGGUCCAAGCUGAAUCACAAGAGGUUUGCGCCACCAGAGACCUGCCGAGAACCGGGAUUCACGAAAGUUCCUACUGUAUGGAAUCUGACACUGGGUGUGCCCUGCUCAAUCCGAUGCAGUUUCCGUACAAGCUCAGCAGGCAUCGAGAACUCCAUCUCUUGUUUCAGUACAAACUGAAGAGGCAUCCAAAGCUCUAUCUCAUGUUUCCGUACAAGCUGAAGAGGUACUUAGACCGCAAACAGAUGCUGCUGUACAAGUUGAGGAGGCAUCCAAAGCUCUAUCUCACGUUUCCGUACAAGCUGAAGAGGUACUUAGACCGCAAACAGAUGCUGCUGUACAAGUUGAGGAGGCAUCCAAAGCUCUAUCUCACGUUUCCGUACAAGCUGAAGAGGUACUUAGACCGCAAACAGAUGCUGCUGUACAAGUUGAGGAGGCAUCCAAAGCUCUAUCUCACGUUUCCGUACAAGCUGAAGAGGUACUUAGACCGCAAACAGAUGCUGCUGUACAAGUUGAGGAGGCAUCCAAAGCUCUAUCUCACGUUUCCGUACAAGCUGAAGAGGUACUUAGACCGCAAACAGAUGCUGCUGUACAAGUUGAGGAGGUGGGUGGUUGUUAAGGAUGAAAAUUCACCCGAAACGGAGAUGGAUCAGCGUGAGCACACUGCUGCAGUUUGGGGCCCCGUCUACGCCUACGCAAAGGUUGAGGAGUCUCCACCGUUGGCAGCGUCACCUGCCAGCUCAAGUAGCGGAAUGCUCAGCGGAGCUCCAAAAGGCCUUGGUUCCGCCUCCCGCGGUGCUGCGAGCGUGGCGCGGCGGGCAGAGCCGGAGGUGGUGGACGUGGAAGCCACGGCCCUGGUGAAGCUGGAGGAGGACAUUGAGGCUCAAAUUCAGAAAGCUGAGGAGGACAAGGACCAGUCUCGCUUGACGCGGCUCAGCCGCUUGUUGGUGCUCACUCGCAGCUCUGCUGCAGCAACCGCUUGGCAAACCACCAAGGAGUUGAAGGGCCAAGUGGCAGAGAGCAUGGCUUCAGCGAUCUCGGAGUUUGUGGGGAAGGAUGAUUAUGACAUCAGCGACGUGGCAACCAAGGUCGAGGAGCGGGUGACCUCAGCCGUGUCCAAGUUGGACAAUGUGUACCUCACCGCGGACGCCGCCAAGAACGCGCCCGAGGGCUCCAAGGUCAUCAUCCUGACGGAUGUGGUGAGACCGGUGGCAGGGCAGAUGAAGGAAGCGGGGAAGGAAGCCGUGUUGGCCUUCACCGGUAAAGAGGACCCCACUGAGGUGAAGGAAUGUGGGCAAAACGGCUGCAGCAGCAAGGAUCAUAAGUUGGUCUUGGACGCAAACUGGCGAUGGAUCCACACGGAGGAUGCGCAAAAUUGUUACACUGGAAACAAGUGGGAUAAUUCCCUUUGUGCAGAUGGCGCUGCUUGUGCCGCGAAGUGUCAAGUUGAAGCUGUCGAUUCCACGGAUUAUGAAAAUACCUACGGUAUCACAGCUAUUCCAGGCGGAGUGAAACUGAGCUUCGUCACAGGUACCAAUGUUGGUUCACGUCUCUUCUUGCUAGAGGAUGAUGACACCUACAAACUCUUCAAGUUGAACAACCGCGAGUUUGCAGUGGAUGUGGACUCCUCCACAGUGGAAUGUGGCAUGAAUGGUGCCAUGUACUUCGUGGAGAUGGCCGGCAAUGGUGGUUUGGGUCUGGGCAAGAACCAGGCGGGUGCCAAGUAUGGGACUGGUUACUGUGAUGCCCAAUGCCCCCAUGACAUCAAGUUCAUCAAUGGCAUCGCCAACUCAAAGGACUGGAAGCCACACCCAAAGGAUUUCAGCAACAGCAUGGGCCUUGGUCACUAUGGCGCCUGCUGUGCCGAGAUGGAUAUUUGGGAGGCCAACAACAUGGCAACUGCCUAUACCCCGCACCCAUGCGACAUUGCGACUCAAGGGCAGUACAUGUGUGAAGGCAUUGAGUGUGGUGACAAUGACAAGGAUGAGCGCUACAAGGGUCUUUGCGACAAAGAUGGCUGCGACAUCAACCCCUUCAGGAACGGCAACCGCAGCUUCUAUGGGAAAGGUCCUGGCUUUUCCAUCAAUUCCUUGAAGCCAAUGACUGUGGUGACUCAGUUUCUGACGAACAACGGCAAGGACGACGGGAAGCUGAAGGAGAUUCGCCGCUUCUACGUGCAGGACGGCAAGGCCAUUGCCAGUCCACCAAUCAAGAUCCUGCCCGAUGAGCCGGAUUCCAUCACUGACAAGAUGUGCAAGGACGUCCAAGAUCUUUUUGGAAAUCCCAACGACUUCAAGGCCAAAGGUGGCAACAAAGCUAUGGGCGAGUCACUGGAGCGUGGCCACGUGGCCACGUUCUCCCUGUGGGAUGACGUCGACGUGCACAUGAUGUGGUUGGACAGCUGCUACCCAACAGAUGACUACUGCAGCAAGGCCGGUGUGCGCCGAGGCAUGUGCCCAGGUGGUGAAGACAGCGCCCCGCAGCAGGUGCGACAGAAGUUUCCUUCUGCCUAUGUGACCUUUGCCAAUGUGGCCUUCGGUGAGAUUGGUUCCACUCAGAGUGUCUAUCCAUCCACCCCUCCAGCCCCUCCAGCUACUCAGGCCCCAACUGCGACAACCAGCACUGGCUCAGGUGGUUUUCUUUCAAGUACCACAACCACCAGUGUGGCAACAAGCAAUGGUGGGAACUGUGCAGGCGCAUGGGAGCAAUGCGGAGGACAGAAUUUCGAUGGACCCACUUGCUGUGACAAUGGCUAUACCUGCACGGUGCAGAGUCAGUGGUAUUCCCAGUGCAAGUGA